GUUACAUGCCCCCGAAUUAUAUUAAAUUUGAAACAAAAGUCCACGACCCGCAGUCAGGCGGUCCAGAACAGAUUCCACCGGAGAUCUAAUAUUGACUGCCUGGUCUCCUAGGGCUUCUCACCAUAUUUCCACCUUCCCUUCUUCAACUCUCCGUUCUAUUUCUUCUUCUUCUUCUUCCGCUUCCGCUUGGACCCCUAAAUUUUAACCAGAGGAAUCAGAUUUCGAAACUCCUUGUUCGUAAAUUUUGUUCGCACAACUCAACAUUUCCGUAAUUACAAUCCGCGAUCAAUUCGAUCCUCAAAGUCAGCAGCUAUUGGCAUUGUACACUGGUUCAAUAAGGCAGUAGUGUCCUCUGCAUUUCGAUUUUGUCUUUGUGCCAUCACUAUUGAUGAUCUGAUGGGACGACUUUAUCUUGCUAAUCAGAGUUUUCUAUUUCGAGAUGAUCCGUUUGGUUUUGCGAAGUGGUGAAUUUUUUUGGUUUAAUUUGGAAAAUUUUAUUUUUUUGUGAGAAAUUGUUGAUGUGACUGGUUUUGUUUCUGUAUAAGAUGCGUAGCUUGAAGGUUUGGUGGGUAUAAUAGUGUGAUGUUGAAUGAUUUUUGUUGGAUUUAAGGUUAGUAGGGAUUCAGGAUUAGUAGUUAUGGAGGACGGUAAGGAAUUUGGUGCUGUAGUUAGAGUUAAUCAUAUCAGAUAUCCUACAAUGAGGUUAUUGCAGUUCUUCUUGAUGUUCAUAGUAUUUGGUCUUGGGGUUUCAAUUAUUAGUAUGAAUACUAUUAGAUAUUUUAGAGUUCAAAGUGCUGCUCCUGUAGUAUCAUCAGUCAAUAUCAUUCAGCCUCGUUUGGAAGAGCCAAGUGGCAUUGAUAGUUGGAUUAGGGCGCCUUCAAAUCUUCUUCAUAGCAUGAGUGAUCAGGAGCUGCUAUGGCGGGCUUCUUUUGUUCCUCAAGUUAAAGAGUAUCCCUUCAAGAGAGUUCGCAAAAUUGCCUUUAUGUUCUUGACGAAAGGGCCUUUGCCUAUGGCCCCUCUUUGGCAACGGUUCUUCAAGGGUCACGAGGGGCUAUAUUCCAUUUAUGUUCAUACCACCCCAUCGUACAUUGCUGACUUCCCGUCUUCAUCUGUGUUUUAUGGAAGACAGAUCCCAAGUCAGGUUGCAGAGUGGGGCGAAAUGAAUAUGUGUGAUGCAGAGAGGAGACUGGUAGCUAAUGCAUUGCUCGAUAUCUCCAAUGAAUGGUUCAUUCUCCUGUCCGAGUCUUGCAUCCCUCUCCACAGCUUUACCACGGUCUACCGCUACAUUGCAAGAUCCCGCUACAGCUUUGUGGAUUCAUUCGACGAGCAAGGACCCUAUGGAAGAGGACGCUACAACAGAAACAUGGCACCUGAGAUUAACCUAACUGACUGGCGCAAAGGCUACCAAUGGUUCGAAGUCAAUCGCGAACUUGCAGUUCAGAUAGUUAAAGAUACGAAAUAUUACCCUCUGUUUAAAGAGUUUUGCAGACCAGCAUGUUAUGUCGACGAGCACUACUUCCAAACAAUGUUGAGCAUGGAGUCGUCAAAUCUUCUGGCAAACAGAAGCCUUACGUUUGUGGACUGGUCCAGGGGUGGAGCUCAUCCUGCUACAUUUGGGAAGUAUGAUAUCACAGAAGAGUUCUUUAAGAAAAUUUUUGAAGGCAAGACUUGUCUUUACAACGAUCAGCCUUCUUCUCUGUGCUUUCUUUUUGCUAGAAAAUUUGCUCCAAGUGCCUUGGAUCGUUUGUUAGAAGUAGCUGAAAAGGUUAUGGGGUUUUGACAUAAUCUAGGCUUCAGAAAUGCUUCCCUUUUGGAGGUGUGUUCUUAUGAGA